AUGACGCGAGAGCAGCACCUUCAGGCUUCUUGCCAGUCGAUUCAUAGUGAGUACAAGCAGUGUCUGGCCACCUCCAACAGAGACCCCCGAAAAUGCGCUGACUACGUUCCCAAGCUACGCGCCUGCGAGAAAAGUCUGAAUAUUUCUUACUGCAUAGACGAAACAAACAACCUCAUGAAAUGCGCCAGGCGUCCAGAUGCUUCUGUAUGCUCGAAGGAGUUCCUUUUGAUGCGCGAAUGCAAUAGACCGGGGGGGCCCCACCUUCUGCUCACGACCGACGCCCAGGGGGCCCCUCGUUACGAAGUACAGCCGCAGCUUAUCAAACAAUUUACGGCGCUCUCUCCCGAUGUAGGACCGGCGGAGGCUCCAGUGCGCAGCAAACCCUUGAUGCAGCAAACCAUUGACCAGCUGAAGCAGCAAGCCAACGCCAAAGCCUUCGAUUUCGUCCCGUAUGCGUGGGAAUCUCUGCGAAGCAGCCCUGGGAAAUAA